AUGCCCAAUCAACCAACGUCCCCACGGUCAUCGUGCGCCUCAUCUGCAUCCUCUGCACGGACGAGUGAACUGUCUACAGCUUAUGUUCUCUCAAGGUCUUAUGAUGCCCCUUCAACCUACCGUCGAGGAGCCACAACAAGCAAGUCAAAUCGAGAGAGGAGGACCGACAACGAAAACAAUGACGAAAAUAGUCGUCGAAAUCGCCACAGCAGACCCCAAGAAAAGAUGAUGCGACAGGAGGAGCAAGAGGUGCCACCGCCCACCAUUACUUACUUUCCACCCUCACCUUCAGCGUCCAUGCUCUCUGUCAACACCUACGACUCUCGAUUUUCCGAAUCCGGUCUUGAACAUGACCUUACAGAUGACAACUCAUUUGGCUGUGAGCCUGAGCCGGUUCGACUUCCCGCGGCUGAGGAUGCUUCUAUUCCGCUAGUUCUUCCUCCGUACCGCACGGGACCUACUGAGCCCUCGGUCAAGCCUUCGGAUCCUUACACAUUUAGUCGCUUGUUCCCCUCAAUGAACCGCCUUUCUAUUCGUCACGACGAUAGCACCUCAGAUGGGAAUAUGAAUCUUCGGGUCGAGACGUUGGUAGUGCCUGGUUCACCCCCUGGUAGCGGUCCCGGCCCCAUCUUGGGCUCUCGACGCCGACCUGCUACGGUUCAACUAUUUCAUCUGCGCAUGCAUGAUCUGGCAAAUCGUGACUUUUCUUUCCGUCGAUAUUGCCGCGAGUCUGGUCGGGAAGUAUGCUUCUCCAAGCGUGCUUACACCAAGUCUUCUGCUUCUCGUGGUGGUAUUCAUAACUCAGUUUCGUCAGCCUUACGAUCUGUCAAGUCACCUUUCCGACGCUCGGACGCCUCCAACUCCUCCUUCUUCUCUCUCAAGGCAUCGUCGGCGUCACGACGUCCCUCCACAGCUAGCACCAUGACGGCCAAGUCGUCCGCAUCAUCUUGUGGCGACACCGAAAUCUCUGACAACGCAUCCGGAUAUAUGGCUGUGAAGGCACCGUCGACUCUUUUAGUACCUACCGAUUCUAUCAAACUCGAGUUUAGCAACUACGCCCGCGUUGAAGUCUCCCGUCGCAGCUCAAAGCGUUACGAAUUUGAGUGGUGGGGCCACAAAUACGCUUGGAAGAGAGCAGUGGACAAGACGCUCAACACUUUUUCUUUCCACCUCAUGCGCGAUGACCAGGACGAGCCGGUUGCACAUAUUGUGCAGGAAAUGCGAAGCCCGAGUCAAAUCGACGCAGAUGAACGAGCUGGUGGUUGGAUCCCGCCUUGUUACAUGUGGAUUAGCGACCAGUCUGUUCUUGAAGCCAUGACGGACGUAGCUGAUGUUAUUGUCUCUACCGGUCUCAUGGCCCUGGUGGAUGAUUGCAUUCGCGAGCGUUGGCAAUCCAAGAAAUCCAUCUCCGGCUCGGACCGGCGCCGGGUCAGAGAGCCCCACCUCGGCACCGACCAGGUCAAGGAUGCGCAGCCAUCCGUUGGCCGUGGCUUGUUCAGUCGUCGUGGUCAGCAAUCCGGCAAGCCGUUUCGAUUGGGAAAGGCAGUUGCCGUCUAUUGA